UUCCUUUCCCUUUAAUAUUGUAUUUUUAUUAUCUAGGGCAAAAAAAAGCAUACUAUUACAUUACAGCUUAUAAUGGCAACCCCUGAAGAAAACAGCAAUCCCCAUGACAGAACGACACCCCAGCUGCCAGCACAGCUGCAGGAGCUUGAGCAUCGGGUGGCCCGGAGACGCCUGUCCCAGGCCCGCCACCGAGCCACCCUGGCAGCACUCUUCAACAACCUCAGGAAGACAGUGUACUCUCAGUCUGAUCUCACAGCCUCAAAGUGGCAGGUUCUGAAUAAGGCAAAGAGUCACAUUCCGGAACUGGAGCAAACCCUGGAUAAUUUGCUGAAGCUGAAAGCAUCCUUCAACCUGGAAGAUGGGCAUGCAAGCAGCUUAGAGGAGGUCAAGAAAGAAUAUGCCAGCAUGUAUUCUGGAAAUGACAGCCUUCUUUCAAACAGUUUUCCUCAGAAUGGUUCCUCCCCUUGGUGCCCAAUUGAGGCAGUCAGGAAGGAUGCUGAGGAGGAGGAAGAUGAGGAAGAGGAAGAUCAAGAAGAAGAGGAGGAAGAAGAAGAAGAGGAGGAGGAGGAAGAGGAGGAGGAGGAAGAGGAAGAGGAGGAAGAGGAGAAAAAAGUGAUCUUAUACUCCCCAGGCACUUUGUCGCCUGACCUCAUGGAAUUUGAACGGUAUCUCAACUUUUACAAACAGACGAUGGACCUUCUGACUGGCAGCGGGAUCAUUACCCCGCAGGAGGCGGCGCUGCCCAUCGUCUCCGCGGCCAUCUCCCACCUGUGGCAGAACCUCUCUGAGGAGAGGAAGGCCAGCCUCCGGCAGGCCUGGGCGCAGAAGCACCGCGGCCCUGCGACCCUGGCGGAGGCCUGCCGAGAGCCGGCCUGUGCCGAGGGCAGCGUGAAGGACAGCGGCGUGGACAGCCAGGGGGCGAGCUGCUCGCUGGUCUCCACUCCCGAGGAGAUCCUUUUUGAGGAUGCCUUUGAUGUGGCAAGCUUCUUGGACAAAAGUGAGGUUCCAAGUACAUCUAGCUCCAGUUCAGUGCUUGCCAGCUGCAACCCAGAAAACCCAGAGGAGAAGUUUCAGCUCUAUAUGCAGAUCAUCGACUUUUUUAAAGGCCUUAGCUGUGCAAACACUCAAGUAAAGCAGGAAGCAUCCUUUCCCGUUGAUGAAGAGAUGAUCAUGUUGCAGUGCACAGAGACCUUUGACGAUGAAGAUCUGUAAUGCAGAAGAGGAGCUGCGAGGGGAGGGACUGAAUGAGGUGGGCAGUUCCCAAGGUUGAAUGCUGGCAGCUAAGGUUGCACCUGCCUUGGCCUCCAGGACUCUUUGGAGUGGGUUGUUCCAGAAGCAUUUUGAUGAUUUUAGUUUCUGAUUAUUAUAAAGUAUAAGAGAAGC